UUGUCGUCCUUGUCGCCUGUCACCCACCAACAAAUUCAAACGCAAUACAUAAUGCAAUAGGACCAAAAAUAACUUCAGGAUGAGUGCUAUUUUGAAAUUCAUCCGUGAAAAUCACAUAUUAGCAGUAAUAGAACAGGCGGUCGCGAAAAAGAAAUCCCGUUUGAGUCUGAACGCUUUCGAAAUAGCUGAAAUACCGAAUCUCUUGUACACCUGUUUGGACGUCGAACAUCUGUACCUGCAUAAAAAUAAAAUUUCUUCAUUAUCAGUGCAGCUAACUCAACUAUCGAAUUUAACUACAUUAACUUUAGAUUACAACAAUCUAACCUCGUUACCAUCGGAGAUAAGUAACUUGAAAAACCUCGUGAAUUUGAACAUAAGUUACAAUCCUUUGAACGAAUUGAUACCUGAAAUCGGAGAGUUGGAAAAUCUUGAAGCGUUCUGGUGUAACAAAAUAGGGCUGAGAGAGAUACCAAAAGAAAUUGGAAAGCUCUCUAAACUGGAUACAUUUGGAGCGCGAGGAAAUGAGCUGAAAGAAAUACCUGAAGAAAUGACAGCCCUGCAGAAAUUAAGAUGGUUGACAUUAGAAUACAACCAAAUAGAAACAUUACCAAAUACAAUGGACAAGAUGGAGUCACUUGUACAUUGCAAUCUGAGAAACAAUCAAAUCAAAGAGUUUCCCAUGUCUAUAAUGAAAUGUCCCGAUCUCAUGUUUCUACAGCUCAAUAAUAAUCAGAUAUCAUCAAUGCCAGAGAAUUUUGACACCUCUCCGCUCACAAUGUUAGAAAUGAUUGAUAUUAGAUUGAACCCAAUAUGUAACCUGCCUCAUCAGGAAUAUCCUCUUGUUCGUUUCACUGAGGAAAUAAUACCUAAUCCUCAACCGUCAAGUAGCAGGGCGCAUGCAACCCAAGCUCUAGCUGUUAAUGCAACUGCAUUACGAUUACCAGCUGUGCCAGCGGCCAGGCAUAAUGAUCCACUUGUGAUUGACUUAUUAUUACCAAUAGCGGAAAUGGAACUGGACGCAUCAUCAAUCGAGUCAUCUGAAGAUUGGGAGAAUAGUGUCAACAGCUCGGAGCUGGAUGUGCAGUACCAGAGCGACGAGGAACGCGCAGAGAAUGAGUUUGCGCAAUUCUUCCAGGCUAUAGGCAUGGUGUUGCCAGAGCUGUCCCGCUACGCCUCCACUGCGAGCUGAAUUCUACCAUUCGGGAACUAUUGGUAACUAUACUGGCAACAUUUCAUAUGCGCUCUCAAGAAUUGAGACUUCUCUAUUAGAAGUAAACUUUAUUAAAAUAUUUUAUGAAUAAUAAAUAUCAAUAACUCGUAAGAUAAAUAAGACAUAAUCGGCAUGUACUUUAAAAUAUCGUGAGUCAAUUGCCGAAGCAACCGUACAAAACAUAGUUGUCUCUGUCCAUUGAAAGAGGAGAGAGAGGGAUGACAUGUUUUUGUACAAGAGCUUUGGCAUUGGAAACUUGAAAUGAAUAUUCACUAGAAAAAAAAAGUUUUUGCGACAUGAAUAAUAUACAUUUUAGGAUUUUUCUUCCUAUAGUAAAAUCCUAUAGAUACAUUUUUAUUUUAUUUUUUUACUUUACUGGCUUUUAAAUCAAUUUAUAUGUUAUUAAAUUCGGUUAUAAUUUACAAAAAGUAAAUAAGAUAAAGAAUAUGAAUAUUUUAAAAUACACGAAUUGCUAUUACUCAAGGGUUGAGAAACUUUAAAUAUUAUUCACAUUUUAUGUCGUAAAAUAAUAUCUUAAUCAGCUCAAUGUAUACGUAAUUCUGUACAUAAUUAACUAUAUUACUUCUUCAUAAUCUUAUUACAAUAUCAUUUUUUUGGCUGUGUUACCAGUCACAACGAAUUUUCUACCAAAACUUACCAAUAUACCUACGCAAAUUAAACCAACGAUCAAAUGUGCCAAGUUUAUCGUCUUUUAGGCGAUUAAAGGUGCUAAAAAGGCUAAAACAAUAUCUUUAAAACAGUAUUAAAAAUAUUUAAAAAAUGUGACUUAUUUCACAAAAUAGAAGUUAAUUUCUCUUAAAUUUAUCCGCCUUUUAAUUAUCAAAAAGUAUUAAAUGUGACGAUUAAUCGCUGGUUAUUUUUUAACAUUUGCGAAUAUUUCUUUGACAAAUUAAUUAAUUUUUCAAACUGGCAACAAUCUUAAUGAUAGGUUUUGUUGACAUUAGGA